GAAGCCCUUUAUGUGCAUCGAGUGUGGAACAUUUUUCCGUACAAUACAAAGCCUCCGAAAUCAUGAGAAUGUUCACAGAGGGGAAAAAAAGUUCAAAUGUUUAGACUGUGGGAAAUCAUUUGCUCUUUCAUCAACCCUUAGAAUUCACUGCAAAAUCCAUACGGGUGAGAAAUGCCACAAAUGCUCAGUGUGUGGGAAAUCUUUUAGACGGAAAGAUGGACUUGUGCGGCAUCAGAGAAACCACUUAGAGAAGCAAUAUAAAUGUCCAGAAUGUGGGAGAUCUUUUGGCUUCAAGACAAGCCUAAUGCGACAUCAGAGACUUCACACUGGAGACACACCCUUUCAAUGCCCACAAUGUGAGAAACGAUUUGUGGAGUCUGCUGGACUUCGGAGACAUCAGAAGAGGCACACGAGAGAGUUGCCCUAUAAAUGUGGGGAGUGUGGGAAAAGUUUUCUCACAGCAAAACUGCUUCAGGUUCAUCAGAGAAGCCAUUUAGAGAAGCAAUAUAAAUGCCCAGAAUGUGGGAGAUCUUUUGGCUGUAAGUCACAACUAAUUCGACAUCAGACUAUACACACCAGAGAAAGACCCUAUCAAUGCCCAGAAUGUGAGAAAACAUUUGUGGAUUCUUAUGAACUUCGGAGACACCAAAGGACACACACGGGAGAAAAACUAUAUAAAUGUAAUGAUUGUGAUAAAUGUUUUUCUGAGAAGAAAAAUCUUGUUCAACAUCAGAGUAUCCAUACAGGGGUGAAGCCCUUUAUGUGCAUCGAGUGUGGAACAUUUUUCCGUACAAUACAAAGCCUCCGAAAUCAUGAGAAUGUUCACAGAAGGGAAAAAAAGUUCAAAUGUUUAGAAUGUGGAAAAGCAUUUGGUCGUCCAUCAACCCUUAGAAGUCACUGCCAAAUCCAUACAGGUCAGAAAUCCCACAAAUGCCCACUGUGUGAGAAAUCUUUUACACGGAAAGAUGCACUUUUGAUACAUCAGAGAAACCACUUAGAGAAGCAAUAUAAAUGUCCUGAAUGUGGGAGAUCUUUUGGCUACAAGACAAGCCUAAUGCGACAUCAGAGACUUCACACUGGAGACACACCCUUUCAAUGCCCAGUAUGUGAGAAACGAUUCGUGGAGUCUUCUGGACUUCGGAAACAUCAGAAGACGCACACAGGAGAGUUGCCCUAUAAAUGUGGGGAGUGUGGGAAAAGUUUUCUCACAGCAAAACUGCUUCAGGUUCAUCAGAGAAGCCACUUAGAGAAGCAAUAUAAAUGUCCAGAAUGUGGGAGAUCUUUUGGCUACAAGGCAAACCUAAUGCGACAUCAGAGACUUCACACUGGAGACACACCCUAUCAAUGCCCACAAUGUGAGAAACGAUUUGUGGAGUCUGCUGGACUUCUGAGACAUCAGAAGAGGCACACGGGAGAGUUGCCCUAUAAAUGUGGGGAGUGUGGGAAAAGUUUUCUCACAGCAAAACUGCUUCAGGUUCAUCAGAGAAGCCACUUAGAGAAGCAAUAUAAAUGUCCGGAGUGUGAGAAAUCUUUUCAUUGCAAAUAUUAUCUUAGAAAACAUGAGAGGCUUCACAAAGAAGAGAAGCCUUUUCUACAUGUGCAGAAAAAUGAAAAGUGCCCAUAAUGUGAGAGGUGUUUUGGCAGAAAGUCAACCCGAAUUCAACAUCAGAGAGUUCACACCGGAGAAAGACCCUAUUAGUACCCAGAAUAUGGGAGGUGUUUUGGCCAGAAAUCAAUCCUAAUUCGAUAUCACUCUGGAGACAGACCUUAUCAAUGCCCAGAAUGUGAGAAAAGAUUUGUGGAGUCUGCUGAACUUCAGAGACAUCAGAAGGGAAACACAGGAGAGAGGCCCUGUAAAUGUGUGGACUGUGGGAAAGGUUUUUCCCCAAAAUAAUGGUUUGCACGGCAUGGAAAGUUCCAUACGCGAUUGAAGCCAUAGAGAUGCAUAGAAUGCGGUAAUGUUUUGCUCAAAAGCGAGACAUCAGGAAAAUCAUAUGGAAAAAGCCCUUAUAGGCCCAGAACAGUUUUUCAUAGUUGUUCAACCCUUAGAAGUCAUAUAAGGGUUCAUAAAGCGGGGGGGGGGGAUGGGAUAAUAAUAAUGAUGAUGUUGACAGUGUUGCACCAGCUUUGAUGGAGGUCAACAAGAGGAAGCUGUUAAAAGCACAGUAAACCAAGUAUUAAUAUAGGAAAACAGCGAUGCAAACUUGAGCUGACAGCUGGUGUAACAAAGCACUGCAUGGACAGUUCCUUGACAAGAUCCAAGGAAAAGUAAAUAAGGAAGAGACCUGGUUAUGGCUGACCAAUGAAACACUGAAGAAAGAAACGGAAGGCCUGAUUCUUGCAGCCCAAGAACAAGCCAUCAGAACGAAUGUAAUUAAAGCCAGAAUAGAAAAAUCUGCUGAUGACCCCAAAUGCAGAUUCUGCAAAGAAGCAGAUAAAAUCAUUGAUCACAUACUGAGCUGCUGCAAGACAAUAGCUCAGACUGACUACAAACAACGUCACAAUACAGUUGCUCAGAUGGGACACUGGAACUUGUGUCACAACUACCAUCUGCCUGCAGCAAAGAACUGGUGGGACCAUAAGCCUGAAAAAGUGAUCGAAAAUGAGCAUGCAAAACUACUGUGGGACUUCUGAAUACAGACUGACAAAGUUCUGGAACACAAUAGCCUGGAUAUUACGAUUGUGGAGAAGAAAAAAGUGUGGAUCGUCGACAUUGCCAUACCUAGUGACAGCAGAAUUGAUGAAAAACAACUUGAAAAACUUACCAAAUAUCAGUGUCGUGUCCCACUCCCCCUCUGACGGCCGGGUUGGGGAAGUCCGUAUCAAGCGUGCCUCUGCAGCUCUGCCAAAGUCCUAUCAGAGUUCUCAAGGCAGGCAGGAGACCAGGAAGUGACUUCAGCAAUCCAAGCUCUCAGCCUACCAGAUCCCACGGUUGUCCAUACUGCCCUUCUCCUGCAGGAUCUUUGUGGAAGAGGGGACUGACGGGACGGCAGCUCAAUAGAGUGGAAUGGCUGAAUUGGGCACCUAAUUUCGGCUUGGAGAACACAGAUUUGAGAUUCUAGAUAGGUAAUCUGUCCACAUAGACUACUAAUUUGUUUACAAAGAGGACAGUACCCAAAUCUGAAAAGAGUACUGCGAAAGACAGCUGCAAAACAAAUAUUUAUUUAUUUAGUCACAACAUCAUACAAAAAGAUUAUAUAGUAUAUACACAUAUAAACAUAUAUAGGAAGAAGAAAAGAAAAACAAUAGGACAGGAACGGUAGGCACGUUUGUGUGCUUAUGCACACCCCUUAUGGUCCUCUUAGGAAUGGGGUGAGGUCAAUAGUAGAAAGUUUUUGGUUAAAGCUUUUAGGAUUAUGGGAAGAGACCACAGAGUCAGGUAAAGUAUUCCAAGCACUGAUGAUUCUGUUGCAGAAGUCAUAUUUUCUGCAAUCUAGAUUAAAGCGGUUUACAUUAAGUUUAAAUCUAUUGGUUGCCCUUGUAUUAUUGCAAUUAAAGCUGAAGUAGUCUUUGACAGGAAGGACAUUACAAUAGAUGAUUCUGUGAGUUAAACUUAGGUCUUGUCGAAGGCGACGGAGUUCCAAGUUUUCUAAGCCUAGGAUUUCAAGUCUGGUGGGAUAAGGUAUUUUGUUGUUUUCAGAGGAAUGGAGAACUCUUCUUGUAAAAUAUUUCUGGACACGUUCAAUUGUAUUGAUGUCAGAGAUGUGGUGAGGGUUCCAAACAGGUGAGCUGUAUUCUAGAAUUGGUCUAGCAAAUGUUUUAUAUGCUCUGGUUAGUAGUGUGGUGUUUUUGGAAAAGAAGCUACGCAAAAUUAGGUUUACAACUCUUAGAGCUUUUUUUGCUAUGUAGUUGCAGUGGGCUUUGGCACUUAGAUCAUUUGACAUGAAAACUCCAAAGUCUUUAACGGGAUGGGGGUCGUCUGUAAGGUAAUGUCCAUCUAGUAUGUACUUAGUUUUAGGGUUCUUUUUUCCUAUAUGUAAGACUGAGCAUUUGCUGGUUGAAAUUUGGAGCUGCCAAUUUUUAGACCAAGUGGUUAGAUGAUCAAGGUCGUUUUGAAUGAUAGAAGUGUUGUCUGUGGUGUUAAAUAGUUUGACUAUUAUUACACUGAACUAAGCUGGUCAUUCUGAAAUAGAAUAAAAUCACAAUCUCAAGUGGACUAACCCUGAAUAUAUUAUUAUAUUAUAAAAAUAGAAACUCUCAGAUUGUGGGAGAGCAUUUUCUUGUGAACCAUCCUUUAAAAAUAACACUCUAAUCCAUGUAGGAAAGAUGCACUUUAAAUGUUUAAAGUGUGAUGUAUGGUUUGCCUGGAAAAAUACUCUUUCAGCAUCAGUAAAUUAUUACUGGAGAGAAAAUUUUAUCAGGGCUUAGAAUGUGGCAAAGAUUUUUAUCUGAUCUUCAGAUGCACAUGAAAAACCCAUACAGGAGGAAAACCUUACAAGUGUAUAACAUGAGAAUACUUUUCCUUGCCAGUUGGAACGUCUUGCCUCCUUGAGUUUGUCCAUUAAAAUUACCUCCUUGGAAAUUUUCUUGCAAAAAAAAUCAAGUAGGACAUUGUAGCAGAUAAUUUUAUGAAUUACGCUUAGGUCAGAUUGAAGGCGGCGUAGUUCUAAAUUGUCUAAACCCAAAAUUUCAAGCCUAGUGGCAUAAGAUGUUCUGUUGCGAGCAGAGGAGUGGAGGACUCUUCUCAUGAAAUAUCUCUGGACUCACUCAAUUGUAUUAAUGCAGUGCGGGUUCCAGACAGAUGAGCUGUAUUUGAGAAUUUGUCUGGCAAAUGUUUUGUUUGCUCUAAUUAGUAGUUAAAUAUUACCAGAGAAGAAGCUAUGCAAGAUUAGGUUAACAACUCUUAAUGCCUUUCUGGCAAUGUUGUUACAGUGGGCUUUGGCAUUUAGAACAUUAGAUAUGAGUACUCCAAGUCAUUGACAGAGUGAGGGUCAUCUACAAGGUCAUGUCCACUCAAGUUUGUAUUUUGUGUUCUGAUUCUUUUUGCCAAUGUGUAAGACAGAGCAUUUGUUGGUUGAGAUUUGAAGUUGCCAAUUAUUUGUCCAUUCUGACACAAAGUCAAGGUCUUUUUGAAGGGUAGCAACAUUGUCGGUGGUGUUAAAUAGUUUUACAUCAUUGAUGAAGAGAAUUCAGUUGCUUAUAAUAUGAUCGCAAUGGUCAUGUAUGUAAAGUAUAAAGAGUAUUGGUUCUAGAACGCUGCCUUGAGGGACACCACUAUUAACAGGUGCAGGAUUUGAUAGGGCACUACUUAUUUUGACCACUUGUUGUCUGUUCGACAGGAAUACAGCUAUCCAGUUAUGUAGGGGUCCAGAGAUCCCAUAGGAUUUUAGUCUUAGGAGUAGUUUGUUGUGUAUCACUGAAUCAAAAGUUUUACAGACGUCUAUGUAAAUUGUGUCUAUUGCUUUGCCCUGAUCAAGUUAUGUAGUCCAUAUGUUUUUGAAGUGUAGAAGUUGUAGAUUACAGGAUAAUUUUUUUCUGAAACCAAUUUUUUAGAGAGUAGGUUGUUUGUUGGGGGUUUUGACAGAAAAGGGGGGAAAGCUAAGGUUUCUGCUAAAACCUUGCAAGCCAUCAAAAGUCUCUUUUUAGUUGGGCAGGAUUAACAAAUCCAGGAAAUAAAUAGAAUCAUAGAAUAUGUAUCCUAAAGCACAACAGAGGCCCAGAGGUAAGAAGCGCUUUGCUGAUAAUUUUGUGUUAAGUUUAAAAGAUCUUUUGGAAGAAAUCAAAAUAUUAAUGGAAACAGAUUUUUAGUGCAUUAGCUGGUUUUCAAUGCAAUAGCUAAUAGACAAAGUAGUUGACCAAAAUAGGAAAACAGAAGAGAAAAUAGAAUUGAUGGGGAAAAGUGAUUUAAAAGAAAUGAUACAAAAGUAAGACAUUUGGAUAUUGUUACAAAGAAUACGAAUUCAGUGUCAAAAUAAUUGUGAUAAGGCAUGGAAUCAUAUUGAAAAAGAUGUGUUCAGAUGGGAAAAUAAUACAAUUGUCACUGAUUAUAGAAGUUCUAUGAUUUAAGAAAGAUAAGAAUCUUGAGGAAUGGCAGAAGGGAAUUAAUAAAUUUAUAUGGGAAGAUAAAAAAGCUAGGGUUAAAAUGAAAAUAAUUCAAGAUUCCCGGGAAAGGGGAGGUUUAAAAAUGCCCAAUUUUAAAUUAUACUAUGAAGCAGCUGCUCUCUCUGUAAUAAGUGAUUGGUUUAAUUUAACGGAGGAAAGAAUUUUGAAUAUAGAAGGUUAUGACUUGCUAUAUGGAUGGCAUGCAUAUUUAAUUUAUGACAAAAAAGUGGAUAAGGCCUUUAAAAAUCAUGUGUUAAG